AUGGCCUUGGACGUGCUGAGUGCUGGGCUGGGCGCCGCAGUGACGGACAGCAUCUUUAACCCCUUGGCCAUGAUCACAGUGCGUCUUCAGGUGGAUCGCGAGCGGGUCUUGUACAAGAGCUUCGGGCAAAGCUUGCGGCAGAUUUUCCACGAGGAGGGCCUUGUGGGCUUGUGGACACCGGGCUUGGUGGCCACCUGGAUGCGCGCCUUCACACAGACAGGCCUCAGAGUGGGGCUCUACCCCAGGGUGAAGGCCUUCUACGGUGACACCGGCGGCCUGGCGACGAAGCUCGCGUCUGGCGCGUCCACGGGCGCUUUGGGCGCAGGUCUGGCCAACCCCAUUGAUUUGGUCCGGGUGCGUUUCCAAGGCGAGUCUGGUGCCCUGACACAGUGCGGCACCUAUGCCAGCGGCCUGCGGUCGGGGCACAAGCCACGGCAUGCCAACACCUUGCGCGCUUUCCUUGACAUUUUCCGAGAGGAGGGUCUCGCAGGGCUUUGGCGCGGGGCGCCCGCAAACGUGGCCCGAGCGGGGCUUUUGUCAGCUGGGCAGCUGGCCAGCUAUGACCAAACGAAGCAGGUUGCUCUAAAGGCCGGAUGGACUGAUGGCCCCCGCCUGCACUUGUGCUCCUCGUGCUUCUCUGGCUUGGUCGCACAGGUGGCCUGCAUGCCGGCAGACGUGGUGAAGACACGGCUACAAAGUGGAGGACGUCAUUACAGGGGCGUUCUGCACUGCCUCAGCCUCAUGCUUCGCCACGAGCCGAUCCUGGCCUUCUACCGUGGCUUUGGCCCGGCGGCGGGGCGUCAAGUGCCAGUGAUGGCAGUACAGAUGCCCAUUGUGGAGUACAUCCGGAAGCACCUUUUCGGUUUGGAGUACUUGUAG